AUGACUACCCUGUGGUUCUGCUGUGGCUGCAACUUCGGCCCCUUCAACUCUGACCUCUACGACUCCUGCAUUAACUGCGGUAAAUACGCCUGCUCCAUGUGCACCCGCGAGAAGGUCACGUACAACUCCAACACCCACAACCACAACCACGCAGCCCACGGCUGCCACGAGUCCUCGCCAUACCCAUCUGUCGUUCCCAUCGACACCGCACACACCCUGUCAUUGCAGACCAAGACUAUGGCUGCCACAGGGCUAGGGGACCUGCACAGUAUCAGGUCCCUAUCCCGGCGAAUGCCUUUGGCCAUGGCAUCGCCGUUCCCUGGUGCGGUGCAAUUCUACACUCAGACAUACAUGUACAUCUGCUGCCAGUGUGGAGAUGGACCGAAGGUCUACAACAACCAACCAAGAUGCAUUGGUUGCGACCACGAAGCCUGCGGUAGCUGCACGCAAGUCAAGUAA